AUGUUGUUCACAUAUGUCGUCACUGGUUGGGAAGGAUCUGCCCAUGACAUAAGGAUUCUAAAUUUAGUUCUAGAUGAUCCUGAUUCGGGUUUCCUGCAUCCUCCUCCAGGUUCUAUACGAACUACCCUAUCUUCCAAAGGUUUAAUGGGAAUGGAGUUUCUGAGGAAGGAAAUGGGACGGGUUCGAAUCGAUAUAGACUAUAUGGCUCCUUUGGUUCAGUUUUUAAAAAACUUCAAUGCUUUUCUCAAUAAAGCCAGGGGUGGAGGACGUGGUAAAGGUGGAGGCUUUGGAGUUGGGGGUGGUAAUGGUGGCGGGGCUAGAGGUGGAGGUGGUAGUGGUGGAGUAGGAGGAGGUGGAGGUGGAGUUGGUGAUGGGUCUGGCCAUGAUGGAGGCUUUGGUGAUGGAGGAGGUGUGGGUAGUGGUGGUGGAAAAUGA